UCCUCCCAGCGUGUGGCCUGUUGGGGGGUGACUGGUGCACUCGGCACGCCUCCGCGGACGUGCAGGACAGGGAGUUGUUUUCCUGGCCGGGGCUGCGCAGCCGCCCCUGCGCGCACGCCCGAACUUCAAACACCCCCCGCCCCCCCAAAGCCAAGGCGCAGACGCAGCCUCCCUGCGUCCACUUCCCCGGGGAGGGGGCGGAGCAGCCGUGGGUUCCGGGUCGCAAACGGAAGUGGACGAUGAAUUUGAAUUGUGCGAGCCGUUGGAUGGGGCUGAGCGGGUUGGGCGUACGGCAGCGCUGCGGUCGUCGUGAGCGGUAACGCGGCGAGCCUGGGACUUGUGCCCCGCGCCUGGUGAAGACGUGCCCGGGGACGGACGGAGGUGUCACGGGCGGCCGGUAAAAUGAAUGAAAAUAAACCUGAUAAUUCACAAAGUCUUGCUUGUGUUUUCUGCCGAAAAAAUGAUGAUUGUCCCAAUAAAUACGGAGAAAAGAAAACAUAUGAAAAAUGGAAUUUUAGUGUCCACUACUACUGCUUGUUAAUGUCAAGUGGAAUUUGGCAGAGAGGUAAAGAAGAAGAAGGAGUUUAUGGCUUCCUAAUAGAAGACAUCAGGAAGGAAGUCCAGAGAGCUUCCAAACUGAAGUGUACAGUUUGCAAGAAGAAUGGUGCUUCAAUUGGAUGUGUGGUACCCACGUGUAAACGAAGUUAUCACUUGCCUUGUGGACUUCAGAAAGAAUGUAUUUUCCAGUUCACUGACAAUUUUGCGUCAUUUUGCUGGAAACAUCGACCCGUUCAAGCAAUUACAUCUAAUAAAUAUAGUAGUUCUUUACCAUGUACUAUCUGUUUGGAAUUUGUCGAGCCUAUUCCUACUUAUAACAUACUACAAAGUCCCUGUUGUAAGAAUGCUUGGUUUCAUAGAGACUGUUUACAGGUUCAAGCAAUAAAUGCAGGAGUGUUUUUCUUUAGAUGUACACUAUGCAAUAAUACAGAUAUCUUUCAGAAGGAGAUGUUGAGAAUGGGAAUUCAUAUUCCUGAAAAAGAUGCAUCCUGGGAGUUAGAAGAAAAUGCGUAUCAAGAGCUGCUGCAGAGCCACGACCGCUGUGAUAUUCGAAGAUGUCACUGCAAAAAAGGCCGCGACUACAACGAACCUAACAGCAAAUGGGAAGUAAAGCGAUGUCAGAGUUGUGGUUCUAGUGGAACGCACUUAGCCUGUUCCUCACUACAGUCUUGGGAACAAAAUUGGGAGUGUUUGGACUGUAGAAGAAUUACCUACACUUCAGAUUUCCAAAAGGCCCCCAAACACCCAUUAGCCAACUCUACUAAUGUGACAGUUACUGACUGCUUGUUGGAAGAGUCAUCAUCUAAGCUCCCCAGACAGUCAACUGUAGCCCAGCAUAAAGAACUACUGAGACUAAAGCAAGAAAUUCAGUUAUCAAGCACAGCGUGUACUUUUAGAAGAGAGUCCUGUUUAACACAAAGGCAAGGCAGCAAAUUUAGGAGAGACAUUUCAACAAUAUUGAUAGAGUUAGGAUUCCAAAUUAAAAAGAAAACUAAGACAUUAUACAUCAACAAAGCCAAUGUGUGGAGGAGUGCCUUAGAGCAGUUCCAGAGCCAGAAGUUUAACCCUUCAUACGCCAUUGACGUAGUGUAUAUUAAUGGCAAUGAGGCUGGAAGCCAGCAUCUUGGAUCAAAGCAGGAAUUUCUGAGUCAUUUAAUGCACCAUCUUGAGAAUUCAUCAGUGUUUGAAGGGUCCUUGGCAAAGAACUUGUCUCUAAAUUCUCAAGCUGUGAAAGAAAAUCUUUACUAUGAAGUUGGCAAAAUGCUUGCCAUUUCUUUAGUUCAUGGUGGUCCUUCACCUGGUUUCUUGUCUGAAACCUUGUUUAAGUGCCUUGCUUAUGGACCAGAAAAUGUUCUACCAACUUUGGAUGAUGUAUCAGACAUUGAUGUUGCACAGAUUAUAAUCAAGAUAGAUUCUGCAACUGAUUUAAACAUUUUAAAUUCAGUAAUAAAACAACACUAUAACUACUUAGAGGUCAGUGGAUGUUUAAGACUUACAACAUCAUUAAGUGAUAAAUUCAUGUUGGUAAAAGACAUCCUUUUCUACCAUGUAAUUAAUAGAGUCAAGGCACCUUUUGAGAGUUUUAAACAGGGUCUGGAAACGCUUGGUGUUUUAGAGAAAAUUCAAACUUACCCAGAAGCAUUUUAUAAGAUCCUAUGUCAUAAACCUGAGAAUCUCUCUGCAAAAAGCCUCAGUGACCUGUUCACAAUUCACACGUUAGCGGACGUACAGACUUUGAGGUUUUGGAACAGUUACUUAAAGGCUAUAGAGGAUGGUAAAUGUACAACAACAAUGGAAGACAUUCUUUUCUUUGCAACUGGUUGUAGCUCCGUCCCACCAACUGGAUUUAAACCCUCUCUGUCAGUUGAAUGUCUACAUGUGGAUUUUCCUGUUGCAGACAAAUAUAGAAACCAUUUAGUUCUACCAGCCACCAACACAUAUGAAGAGUUCCAAGCAAAUAUGGAUUUCGCCAUAAGAGACACUCUAAGACUAGAAAAGGAAGACAGGUCUCACACACGACCUCGGACAUUGAAUGCUUCUUCUAAUGAAGAAAUGCUUAUUUAAAGGCUGCUAUUGAUACCUAUUUUUAUUAAUCAUCACUUUUGAACAUUCUGGCCAGCUUCUUGGUGCAACAAAAUUUAUAACUUUCUCAUAAAGGGAUGGUUUGGCUUCCAAACCACUGAAGGUUUGGUUAAGGCCUUCUAGUCAUGUUUGGUGAUAGCUUUCUAUUACUGUGCUGCCUUCGUAACCAAUAUGAAUAUUUUCUAUUACUGUGCUUUCUUGAUAACUUCAUAUAUUUUUAGAAUGGUUGUACAAACUGUUCAGCUGUACAGGUGCUCAGCUAUAUUAGCAUGACCUAUGAAAAUCUGUUUUCUCGAUUUUUUUAAAAUUAGAAAUAUUUUUUUAGGAUGACACUCUAGUUUUGUGCAGCUAUCAGAUUUGUUUUGUUUUGUUUGUUCUCCUUUACUGUUUGUGGGGUUUUUUUGUUUUUUGUUUUUUUGUUUGUUUUUCUCUACAUAGUCCUGGUUGUCUUGGAACUUAGCUAUGUAGAACAAGCUGUCAAAUUAAAGCAAUAAAUAGAAAAGUUGGCUAAGUCACCUCAUAAAUCAGAGAUACUUUUUUAAUGUUUUGCAAUUAAGUGACCGAUAUAUCAAUUAAAUGACUGAUUGGAAAUAGUCUAUUAAAAGUAAGGCUUUACAAAUAUCUCUAGAACCUAUGUGUCCUCCUUAAGCUUAAAAUCAUGGCUGAGGGAUUUUCAGGUGUGCUUGAAAAUCCCUUAGAAAGUACAGACUGUUUAUGUUCUUUUGUAGUCAGAAUGUCUCAUGCUUGAAACCAUCUAGGUGUCUGAAGAGUGUCUGGACUAUCAUGGUUUCUCGCCAUAACUGCUAUUUAUUACUAAGAUUGUUGUAUGAUUGGUAAGAUCUCACCAUAGCAUUCUAUAGUUACCUUCUUUUGCUUUCAAAAGAUAUACAUUGUAUAAUCAAUGAAUGAAUUAUAAUUUAAAACUACAAGUUAAAAGAAAUACUCUAAUUUUGCCACAUAGAGAUAAAUAAUGUAUUUUGUAUAUUCUUUAUAAACUAUUUAUUUUUCAAUUUUUAUUGUGUUAUGACAGGGUCUUUCUAUAGAGCCCAACUGUUCUAAAUUUGUAAUCUUCCUGCCUUAGUCACUUAGGUGCUGGGAUUAUGACGUAUAUCAAUGUGCCUAGCAAUGUUUAUUUUUUGAGUAUAUGAAUGCUGUCAAGAGUAACAAAAAACCAUGUAAUAAAAUCAAGAUAUGUACAGUCUCAUUUCAAGGCAUGACAUCACUCUCCUGUAAUCCAUGCCCCGAGAGACUAAGGCAAGAGGAUCAGGAGUGAUAACGCAAAUUUAAAACCGUCCUGGCCUACAGGAUACCCUGCUCAGUAAAGAAAGAAAUAAGGACAUGACCCACUCACGGUAGUGUCUUCACACUAACACAAAGUAUGUGUUAUCUGUUGGUCAUGUAUUGUUACUCCUAAGAAACACAAGAUUUAAAAGGGACUUAGAUCCCUUAAACAACAGGAUUGACUUGGUAUUGACAGUGCCCUUCUUAAUGCCAAAGGAAAACUCAGUUGUCAUCAUAGUGCCAUUUUCUUGGUUACAUCAGAACCUUCCAAGUUGUACUUAACAGAACUAAUAGUUUCUCUUUAUCUUGAGCAUUUAGCAAGAAAGCAUUUUUUUAUCUUGUGUUAAAUUUUGCUGGAUGUUUCAAAAGUAAUUAAGUGGGCCAUCAUGAAUAAUUUAAAUCUCAAACUUAAUAGACACCUUUUAUUUCAAGUGUGUUGAUAAGUUGGAUCUUUAUGUUUUAACCGGUUUAAUUCCAGCUGGGGAGAUGGCUCAGUGGUUAAGAGCACCGUCUGCCCUUCUAAAGGUCAUGAGUUCAGUCCUGAGAUAUGUGCAAAAUGUUUAAUUCCUACAGAGUUUUAAAGGCUGUUACAUCCAUACAACUCCAAAAUGCUAUUUUUUAGCUUUUAGUUUGAGGGGUUUUUGUUUGUUUGUUUUUUGUUUUCCCCUAAGAUAAAGCGAACACAGCCUUCAUAAAACAGGGUGGGAUUAUGGAGCCUUGGACUGGCUGGCUACAAGUGAUUUUAUUCCACUUACUCUGUAUGUAAGACAGUGGCAUUGGUGAGAUGGUCUAAAUAUUAACAGGAUACUUACUUCAAGUGAAGCAUCAGAUUUCAAGAUGUCUUCUGGUUCGAAGCUGUUUUGCAUGGUCUCUAGAUCAGUCUAUAUACACUUGAGGCUUAUCAGAGAAACUGCCGUGUUACUGUGUCAUGCUUGUAAUUGUUCCUAUUGUGUUUUAUAGUAUAGUUCUUACAUUAACAUACUUAGUUUCAAAAUUAUGAAGGAACAGUUUUAUGUUUGGUUAAGUAAAAAGCCAGAACUAGUGUGGUCUCUGUCUGCAUUUAUGUUUCCCCCUAAUUAUAUUGGAAGCUUUUGGAACUUGCACAUUCAGUGUUUGUAAAGGGGUGUAUAAUGGUGACUUUGCUUUAGUGUUUAGUCAUACGAAAAUGGUAAGAACUAGACCCUGUUGAUAAAACACGGUUACUAUUACAUAUUUGUUGUGCUUCAGGUAAUGCAGUAUAAAUCAUUACACACACAUUUAAUGAUGAAUUACUUGAAUUUAUAUUACCUGUAACUUGGGAAAUUUUGUAGUCCUUAAAAGAGACCCAGUUUUCAAGUUCUAUUUUUGACCACCUUCAUAUAUACUCCACUACCCACUGUGUAUUAGAAUCUGUGUGUAGAAGUAGUUUAUAAGUCGGCCUGUUUAAAAUGUAUCAAAACACAUACUGCUGGGGAUUAGGCGUGGUGGUAGAAUGGUUUGCCUAGCUAGUAUGUGGAAGGCCUUGGGUUUAAUUUUAAAGCAUGACCAAAACAUUUAAAAAAAAAAAAAGCAUGAACACUUAACAAUAACAUUUCUAAGUAAAUGUUUUUAUUCCACUAAAAUGUGAAGUUGUGAAGUGCUCAUAUAAACUAAAUAAAUGUGUUGGGAAUCUAUCUUAGUUAGGAUUACUAUUGCUGUGAUGAAACUGACCAAAAGCAGCUUGGGACAGAAAGGGUUUAUUUUGCUCCCUUCCAUAGCACUGUUCCUCAAGGAAGGAAGUCAAGGCAGGAGCCUGCCGGUGGGGGUUGAUACAAAGUGAUUGCUGCCUACUGCCUUGCUUUCCCUGGCUUGCUCAUUUGCUUUCUUACAGAAGCCAAGGCCACUAGUCCAGGGUGGCACUGCACACGGGCUGGGCCCUUCCCAUUCGCCACUAAUUAAGAAAAUGCCUUUCAAGGUUGCUUACUUCCUGGUUUCAUGGAGCCAUUUUCUCAGUUGAAGUGUUCUCUGCUUGCAUUUCUCUAGAUGCAUGUCAGGCAUCUAAUAAGGAUGGGGUGGUCUUUUAAUGCAGAUGUGUUUCUUUUCCUUUUUAUUAGUAUAUAAUUGUUUAAAACAAAGGCUGUCAUGACACAUAUAUGCAUACAUGUGUGUAAUGAGCUUUGGUCAUACCCACUCCCCUUAUUGCCUCAUACUUAACCCCUUCCCUAUUUCCAGGAUUGUCUUAAACAAGUUAUGAGGCUGAUGUUAUUAAAGUGGGUAAGAUCCAAAAUCCUUUACUCUUCUCCUCUGAGAGCUCUUUGAACUCAAGAAACAGUUCUCAGCAAAUUUUCUAAGAUAAAACUAUCCCCUGAUGUUCAAUUAUUUAAACCAAAACAUCUGGAGUUAAACCACUAUAAUAAAUUUAACUCUGAAGUCAUGAUUUUUAUUCUAAUACUCAACAUUAAUAUCAUUCUUGGUCAUAGCUUUGCAGGACUGUUCUAUAUAGUUACUCUUCUGAUGAAUAUAUCUUUGUUUAUUCCCCACAUUACACACCAUUGGACAGAAAUACGCAUACAUGCACACUGUAUAAAUGUUAGCAUUGUCUUAGUAUUUUAUGAUAAUGUGCCUUAUAGUCUUGGAAGGAGUUAGUAUGGAACUGAAAUGGUCAAAUGACAAAUUUGUACUUAAAAGUGGGACUGCUCAGGUGAGUAAGAUUAAACUCAUUGGAAGGUGGGAAAGCCAUUCUGCUCAAGAGUCCAUGGACACCAGAAUUGAGAUACUUCUUCCCCUACAAACUGGUAGUUAUAGAUAACCUGUUGUAACUUUAUAAAAAUAGGUAUCUACAUCUGUCAAAUAUGUUUUUAUUGUAAAAAAAAAAAGCAAUCUUGAUUUUAAAAAAUAAGAUAAAUUAUUUGUAUAAUUUUGAAAGCCAAAUUUUUGAAAGUAUGAUUUCAUUUCAGAAUCUGACUGCCUGAGAAUUAACCCGUAAUGCAGUGUCAUCGGUGGGUUCAUUGGUUGGUAAUAAGUUGUCAUUGUAUAUAUUUUGACAUUAAUAAAAUCUAUUAUGAAAAUG